UGUGGAUAUUCUUUUAUGGGUAAAGUUAUCAGAAGUGUGGUUGGACCUCAUUAUCCUAACAUGUUCCUGUAUGAACCAGAAGUUACAGAGAUUGAUGCUGCGGGAGUUUCAUCUACGCGUAUGCUGCUUUCAUCUGUUUCCACUCUACCAAGAGCUAUGAGCCAGUGGAUGACGUCAAGGUUUGACAAAGAUAAGAAAAGGAGAAUAUUUGUAAGCUCUGAAGAUUCACGGAAACAGAAGAAGAAGAGGUUCAACCUGCCUUGCAGUCCGGGCAAACAUAAUGGAGAGGGAGCACAGAGUUCUAACGGACGAACUGUUCAUUAA